GUAACCCCAAAAAAACGCCAUGUCUCACCGAAAGUACGAAGAGCCCCGAUCCGGAUCCUUGGCCUACCUCCCCAGGAAGCGUGCCGCCCGCCACAGGGGUCGAUGCAAGGCUUUCCCCAAGGUCAGUCGAAGAUUUGAGCAAGGAGAGUUGGGGGAAGACGGAGACGGGAUGGAGGAGAGGAAGAUGGACGAGACGAAAGAGAGGAUCGGAUGUUGACUUGCUGCUGUAGGACGACCCCAAGAAGCCCGUCCACCUCACCGCCACCAUGGGUUACAAGGCCGGUAUGACUCACAUUGUCCGUGACCUCGACCGACCUGGAUCCAGUAAGUCGCAUGAAACUCUCUCGCAAGGCGUGUCUGACUCUAUCUGCAGAGAUGCACAAGAGGGAGGUUGUUGAGGCCGUCUCCGUUAUCGAGACUCCCCCACUUGUCGUCGUCGGUGCCGUCGGUUACGUCGAGACUCCCCGUGGUCUCAGGUCUUUGACCACCGUCUGGGCCGAGCACCUCAGUGACGAGCUCAAGAGGCGAUUCUACAAGAACUGGUACCGAUCCAAGAAGAAGGCCUUCACCAGGUACGCUUCCAAGUACACCGAGAACAACGGCGCCUCCGUCGCCCGAGAGCUCGAGCGUAUCAAGAAGUACUGUACCGUUGUCCGAGUCCUCGCCCACACCCAGAUCUCCAAGACCGGCCUCCAACAGAAGAAGGCCCACCUUAUGGAGAUCCAGGUUAACGGUGGUUCCGUUGCCGACAAGGUCGACUUUGCCAAGUCUCACUUCGAGAAGACUGUCGACGUUGGAUCUAUCUUCGAGCAGGACGAGUGCAUCGACAUCAUCGGUGUCACCAAAGGUCACGGUUACGAGGGUGUUACCGCCCGUUGGGGUGUUACCAAGCUUCCCAGGAAGACCCACCGAGGUCUCCGAAAGGUCGCUUGUAUCGGUGCUUGGCACCCUGCUAUGGUCAUGUUCUCCGUGGCCCGUGCGGGUCAGCGAGGUUACUUCUCUCGUACUUCCAUCAACCACAAGAUCUACCGAAUCGCCAACGGUGCUUCCGGUAACUCUGGUUCCACCGACUUCGACCUCACUAAGAAGGACAUCACCCCCAUGGGUGGUUUCGUCCGAUACGGUGUUGUCAAGAACGACUUCGUCAUGGUCAAGGGUUCCGUCGUCGGUCCCGUCAAGCGAAUCGUCACCCUCCGAAAGGCUCUCCGAACCCACACUUCCCGAGCCCACACCGAGAAGGUCUCUCUCAAGUUCAUCGACACCUCCUCCAACUUCGGUCACGGUCGAUUCCAGGACGCUGCCGAGAAGAACGCCUUCCUCGGUCAGCUCAAGAUCAAGUCCGAUUCUGCUUAAAUGGGCAGGUGAGGUCUUGGUGGGGUCGCUUGGGAGUGGUAGAAGCAAGGGACGACGGGCCGGGAUGUGGCCGAUUGUAUAUUCGCGGUAGUCAUCAUGCAGGUUCUGCCGUUCGGA